GUCGUUCCUUGCCUUCCCGUCUCUCCUUCGCCUAAAACGAUUCUGCCGACGCCACGAAGCAGCGAUCGCAGAGCUCCAUCGUCCACAGGAGGCCACCAGCAGGUUAAGAUGGAUAAUCCUGGGCAGGGGCAACCACCAGUCACAGAUGCGGUCCACAUACCUUAUAUUGACAUGCCAUACCAAGAUAACCAAAUGAUGGGCAGUAAUGUACCAAUCUCGUCCAGCCAGUUAACAACUGCUGCUUCUCAGGUGCAGCUAGCCCAGCACCAACUCUUUUAUCAACGCAUCCAAAAGCAGCAGCUGCAGCAACUAGACCAGACACUCCGGAUGUUCUGGGCAAGUCAAUAUCAGGAGAUCUUGGCAACCACAGAUUUCAAGAACCAUAGCCUUCCAUUGGCCAGGAUUAAGAAGAUCAUGAAGGCAGACGAGGAUGUGAGGAUGAUAGCAGCAGAGGCCCCUGUGCUGUUUGCGAGGGCAUGCGAGAUGUUCAUCCUGGAGCUGACUUACCGUUCAUGGGCUCAAACAGAGGACAACAAGCGAAGAACACUGCAUAAAAAUGAUAUUGCUGGGGCAAUUACAAGAACAGAUGUCUUUGAUUUUUUGGUGGAUGUUGUGCCAAGAGAGGAUCUCAAGGAAGAAGUGAAUGCUAAUGACUCUCUUGCACAUUAUUAUGCAUCUCCUCAGGUUGGGAGUCUGGGAAUGAUCAUGAAUAAACCUGGGGUGGAUCAGGACUUGCUGUAUGCCCAAAUGCCUCAACCUUACGUGCCUCAGCAAUUCUGGGAGCAGCAGCAGACAAUUCAGCAGCAACAGCCUCAACAUCAGGAGCAGCAGCCUGGUGAGGAUUUGUUAUAGGGGAAGGGGAAGGUCACAUAAAAGAAUGUUUGAAACAUCAAGUCACAAUAUUCAUCAACAAUGGUCCUCUUAAAGCUUGCAUUUUAUGCAGGUAUUCUUUUACUAUUUCGUUGCUGAAUUUACAAAUUUAUGAUCGCUUUGAUUUUUUUUUUCCUGGAUUAUUUUCUAAGUGUAAGAUUUAAAUGUACAUAUAGUCGGCUGCAAUGGCAUAAAUAAUUAAAUCUUCUUCACAU